AUGGCGGAGCUGUGGUUCUACAACACCACGUCCUCGUGGAACCGGUCCGUGGCGGAACGGGACCGCUUCGGCAGCCUGGAAGACAUCGACGUGCCCGCGGACGGGUCCCCGGGGCUGCGCAUCUUCAUCUCCAUCGUGUACUCGGUGGUGUGCGCCACCGGGCUGCUCGGGAACCUGCUGGUGUUCUUCCUGAUGGAGGUGCGCCGCGGCCGGAAGAAGCGCUCCAGCAUCAACCUGUUCGUCCUCAACCUGGCCGUCACGGACUUCCAGUUCGUGCUGACGCUGCCGUUCUGGGCGGUGGACACGGCCAUGGACUUCAGCUGGCCGUUUGGAAACGCCAUGUGCAAGAUCAUCCUGUCCGUGACCGUCAUGAACAUGUACGCCAGCGUGUUCUUCCUCACCGCCAUGAGCGUCACCCGGUACUGGUCGGUGGCCUCGGCGCUGAAGGACCGGACCCGGCGGCGGAUGUGCCCGGUGCGCUGGGUGAUCGCCGGGCUCUGGGUCUCCGCCACGGCGGCCUCUUUGCCCACCGCCGUUUUCUCCACGGUGAAGAGCGUGGCCGGGGAGAGGCUGUGCCUGCUGGGCUUCCCCGACGGCCAGUCGUGGCUGGCGCUGUACCACCUGCAGAAGAUCCUGGUGGCCUUCGUGUUCCCCAUGCUCACCGUCAGCGUGUGCUACCUGCUGCUGCUGCGCUUGGUCCGCCUGCGCAGCAUGAACAUCAACCACGUGAAGCGGAGGUCCCGCGUGACGCGCUCGGUCACCAUCGUCGUCCUCUCCUUCUUCAUCUGCUGGAUGCCCAACCACGCCAUCACCUUCUGGGGCGUGCUGGUGAAAUUCAACGUGGUCAACUGGGACAGGACGUACUACAUGGUGCACACGUACGUGCACCCGGUGACCGUGUGUCUGGCGCACACCAACAGCUGCCUGAACCCGGUGCUGUACUGCCUCAUGCGCCGCGAGUACCGCAAGAAGAUGAAGGACCUGUUCUGGAGGAUCUCCUCGCCCGGCGGGGCGAACAGCUGCCCCCUGCGGCCGUUCUCCGGGACCGUGCGCGCGGAGCCGGAUGACACGCAGAUCGUCAUCCCGCUGAACACCGUGGAGACGGAGCACUGCAGACUCUCAGUUCUGAUGGACCAGGGCGACACUUAG